AUGGACUGGACUGGACUCAGGAGUCCAUAUGGAGCUCUGGUAUGUACAUUACGAACCGCUGAAAUUUCGUCUGGUAAAGCUGUAAAUCUGCUAUCAUUGAAAAUUAAUUAUCAUCCAUUAUAUAUUCAUGUUCGAAAGUUGAUAGACAAAUGAAAGCAUAACUGUCUUUGAACUGUGCAGAAUCAUGCCAGUAAAAAAGUAAAGCAUACUGAGCAGCUUAUAACGAAUCAUGAUACGAUAUUAAGUUUUUCCUUUUAUGUUUUCUGUAAAACAGAAAUUCAAAAUCGUAGAUUUUGUUGUGUAAUGUUAUAGAAACAAAAGAAUUAUAUUUUAUUAUUCUACCUUUGUUUUAUAUGACUCAAUUUACUAUUUUCUUUCUUGUUAGAGCCACUUUUUGGUUGUUGUAAUAAUACAGCAAUUUGUUGUUAUGGCUGCUUUUGUACAGCAUGUUUAUUUGCUCAAAAUGCAAAACAAAUUGAUGAGUCAGCCCCAUGUCCUCAAUGUUGUGCUUAUUGUGCAUUAAGUUUUUGUUGGUUAUGUUGGGUUGUACAUAAACCAAAAAGAGAACUGUUGAGGAAAAGAUAUCAGUUAGUAGAACAACAAACAGAUUUAUUUGCAACAUGCUGUUGUGGACCAUGCGCUGUUUGCCAGGAAGCGAAAGAAAUAAAAGAUCGAGGUGAGUAUAUGUAUUAAUGUUCUUAUUCAUGAAUACAAUACAUGUAUACUAAUAAUCAUAUUUUAUAUCUAACAGGUCUUCCUACAGCUCAAGCUAUUGUUAUUACAGGCCAACCUUCUACUCGAGUUAUGAAAUAGAACUAACAUCUGCCGAAUAAUCCAAAUAUACUUUAUGAUUAGACGUUGUUGAUAUAUAAACUGUCAUAUUGAUAUGCACUAUUAUUUAUAAUUUAGGUCUUUAUUCACUAUCAUUUCUUUAUUGUUACGACAAAACACCCUGACUUAAAUUAAAUAUGAAAUAUGUAUAUCUAUUCAAACAAAUGUGAGAAAUAAAGAAGCAGAUAAACACAUUUAUAUUAGAUAAAAUCUGAUUUGAAAACAAAAAUUAGUCCAAGACUCCACAACGUACAUUUUUCAAGCAUGGAUUUAAACUAGGGCGUACUUAACGUGCCACUGUAAAAACACAUAUCCUUCUACAUGGUACAUUUUUUUGGGGACACAUUCGAAGACAGAUUAAAUGUUCCUAAUAGGCGACACAUCCAAUGUAGUGUCACAUGUGUCUAUGAAAUGUGCUGAACCUAUCGCAAAAAAAUGUGCCACGUACAAGAACAUGUUGGAUGUGUCGUUAGAAGACAGAAUUAAUGUAUCAUCUCUAAGAGCGCUUCACUCAAUAUUUCUGUGUAUCAUGAAAAAUCUCGAAUCUAUAUGAUUUAACUAUAGGUAUCAAUGUGUGUAAAGGUUCCCGUUCGUUAGUUAUCAGUCACAAUAACUCAGUUUAACAUUUACACCUCACAGUUUUGUGAAGCCACUACUUUUUUCUUAGGAAGUUUUUCAGUUCAGGUAAGGUUCAGGUGUCUUCUUCACUACUGAUCAAAACUUACACACAUAGUAGAAAAAGAGUCAGACAAGACAACAAAUGAAUAUUUAGAUUGCAAGAAAAAACAUGGUGUUUUUAAGGUAGUGAUUUUUGCAAAUCAAAUCCUUCCCUCUAGUCAAAAUUAGGGAUGCACCAAACCCAAACUCAGGCUUGGAAGUUCGGGUUCGAAAGUUUGGGCUCGGCUACGAGAUUGAGGUUCGGGUUCAAGCUUGAGUUCGGGUUCGAGCUUGGGACUAAGUUCGAGUUUGGGUUCGGCAAGCUCGGGUUCGAGCCUGGUUAUGAUUGCGUGCUAACAUUUUCACAGUACAAAGCUUUCACUAUAUUUUCCAGAAACAAUAAAGACUUACUAAUAUCGAGCUCUACAUCUUGAGGAGAAACACCUCGAGGUAGAGACAUACCGUUAUUGUUGACCAAGUGUAACUAUUGCAGUCUGAUUGUACUGCGA